CGGACGCAGCACGUACUUCGUGGUCCAGUGUAUUAAUAAACAAAUAAUGGACUUAGAAUAAAAUUGAUUAGUGAAAUUCAGUGAAUAUGUGGGGAGAAAACAGUAAAGAUUGUGAGAAUAACUGCCAGUGCUCUGGACUUAUAACUGAGAACUUCAGAAUAAACUCCGGUAACAAUGCCACAAAACGGAAGCAGGAGGAAGCACUCACAUACAAUUAUAAAGUCAAAAUUAAACCACACUCAAUAGAUUUCACCCCACACUCUCCUAAUACACCAAGCAAAGUUCUAGGAGAAAUAGAAAAGGCUUUAACACCACAAAGAAAAGUAUUAGGUGAAAUACAAAACUCUCCCAGCUACCAACUAAACUCCAGCCCUUUAACUUUUAAGUCACAAAACUCUCCUAGUCCACAUGGCACAUCCAACAUUCCAAACUCCCCUGUGAUACCAAAAACAUACUCACCAAGGAUCCCAACCUCUCCUGGUAUGUCACGGAUUAAACAUUCGCCAACAACACCUUUGAGCACUCAUAAGUAUUCUUCAAAGGUUACACAAUUGUGCAUUAAAAAUUCACCAGCUAUGGAAAGACUGAAAUCGCCUUUGGGAGGCUUAAGGGAGAGAAAAAGAAGUAAAUUAUCUAGGAUAUUUGAAGAAAGAACAAUGUUUAAAGCCAAUAAGGAGAAUGAAAAUUUUAAUAUUGAAGAGGAAACUCAAGAUUGUACAUUUGGCAUGGAAAAGAGUGAUUGGACUAUGACUAAGUUGGACUUCUCUGACAUUAAGAAAGAGAAAGAAAUGGACGCAGAUAUCUUGGUACCAGAAACGAGCACCUCUCUGGAACCAGAUAUGGAAUCAUUACAAGAUUUAGAAGAGGAAUUUGAUUCUAACAACUUUGAUGAAUGCACAAAGUAUGAAAUUAUAUCAACCGAUAGUCCGGAUAUUAUUUCAAGCGGUCGUACAAGUUCUAGAAAGGUCAACCAAAGGAAUUUCGCCUUUGGGGCACCGUUGUCUGAAAACGAAACAUCUACUUCCUUUAACCGACCCAGCUCUUCCAGAGUUCUCAAUUUCGAGAAGAGGAUGGAACGGUCGAAAUCCAACCGUACAUUGAACUUCGACGAGAGCCGGUCUAGUUUCGAUAAAAUGGAAUAUGAUCCUGAACAAAGUUUUGACUUCAACUCAAAGACUAAAACUAAACUCAAUUUUGAUGAUAGCAACUUUGAAGAGAGCUUCGAAUUCACCUCGCCAAUGACUAAAGAUACCACCCCAAGAAAGACUGUGUCAGUUAAAAAAUCUCUGAAGUUCACCGAAAGCCCGAAAUACGAAAAACAGAGUAGCAUAUCCAAAUCUCCCUGUUCGAGUAUGUCGAAGCGGUUGACAACGGAAUCUAUGGAGAGCGGCUUCAUCUCUGAAUUUGAGGAACCCUUUUUGGACAUGGAAGAGAUCUCUAGUUCGCCCAAAAUUUCCAACUUCAGUGACUUAUUAUCUGGUCAAAUUAAGGAGAGCUUCACUGAGAAGCUACGGCCCUCUGUCCAUAGGAGUUUGAGUUUCAACCCCGUUUCGAAGAGGUUGAGAGAUGAACCGACCUGUUCAAGUAAGAGGUUGAAGUCUGAAACGACUCCGGCUCCACAUAGGCCGCUUUUACAACGAGCUCUCUCAGAGAAUAAUGCAUCUAUUAUGUCUGCUUUAGCGAGAUCAUGCGUUGAACCAGACCUGAUCGGUGACUUCAGUUCUCCCUUCGCACUUCCACUCACAGCCGGAGACCACUCAGACCUCAAAUCAAUAUCCGGUGAUACACUUGCCGGUUUAAUUCGGGGAGAAUAUUCUGAUAGCAUUCACGACUUUCAGGUGAUAGACUGCCGUUACCCAUACGAGUUCGAAGGUGGCCAUAUCCUGGGCGCAGUGAAUAUGUCUACAGCAGAACAAGUAUUGGAACUGAUGAAUGCACCGCUGGCCAAGGACAACCAGAAACGGAGUAUAUUGGUGUUCCACUGCGAAUUCUCGCUUGAGAGGGGACCUAAGUUAUCGCGUUUCCUCCGUUCCUCGGAUCGAGCAAAGAACCAAGAAAACUAUCCCAACCUCCAUUAUCCCGAGAUCUAUCUCUUACACGCCGGGUACAGAUCGUUCUUCAAGAAUUAUCCGGAACUCUGCUCGCCGAACGGAUACACCGCCAUGCUGGAUCCGAAACACCGCCAUUUACUACGGAAACACCGGUCUCUGCAGCCGUCCGGAAGACGCAAUCGGCUGUUGUUGUAGAGACCGAGAGACCGAGAAAAGACCGAUUCUGAAUUGGACCAGUAUUCUAAAAAUGCAAUGAAAGACCAAAAAAAUGGAAAAACCAUGUAUAGCAAAAGAUAUUAUACCAAUUGUAAAUAGUGGUUUGAAAACCGAGUUUAAGGCCGUUUUGAAAAGACCGUGUAAAUAAAAGGCCAGAAUUCUAAUAGGGUAAGAGAGAUUAAGGUAAUUUUUUAAGCUUAAUGUAAAUGGAUUCUAUAUUACGUUAAUUUCGGUCUUUGGACUAAAUUAAUUCCAGUCCGAGUUUGAUGAGACUUUGACUAAAUUUAGUUUAACGAUGCCAUAUUAUUAUAGGAACGUCCCACCUCUAGUUUUAAGGAAUAACGCAAUAUAUUUUAAGUAAUACCUAAGAAUCAUGACAAUUUAGUAGCUUUUACAUAGAUUUUGAUACAAACGUUGGAGACGUGAAUUUUUAUAAAUUCAGCACACGAGGCCCGCUGUACGUAAAUUUUUAAGUUAACAAAUAAUAUCAUGUGUGACAUGUGGCCAUAAUGAAUCGCCAUAAUAAAACCAAAAACAACUACCUAAAAUAAACUACAUUUGUUUUGGGCUCAAAUUGAGCCAAUAUUUGAGAAGCUGGAUUUGGAGAUACUAGACUAGGGUAUAUGUAGCGAUUUCAGUGUGACGAGUGAUCGGGAAAUACUCAAAAACGCCUCAAGUGGGCCUCUUUACAGACAUCUGUCUGCCCGAGAGGAUUGCCGAUUCGGCGACGUAGCAAUAAUAUACGCUUACAAAUAUAUUUAUGUUAUUUGCAUUUGAAGACAUGAUUAAAAUAUUUCUUUUCGAAUGUAUUUUCGUCAUUUAAAAGCUUUUUUCAAAAAUUAAUUUAACAAUAAUGAUACUUGAAACCAUCACUUUCUAAUUACGAACUUAAGAUCGAUUAUAUCCAGAAUAAACAACCAUAAGGAAGUGAUUUGACUUUAGAUUCCACUCGAACAAUGAAACAUUUGAUUAAGUAAUAAUCUCUUAACGAAUAACUCACAAUAUAAAUAUAUUAAACUGUGUUACGGCCUUGUCCACUAAAAAUGAUUGACAAUUUUAAAUGGUUAGAAAAUUGUACUUAUAAAAACUAAAUACGUCCAAUUGCACUCUUUUAUCUACGAGACGUCUUUGUCUGUCAAAGUUCAUCAUGAUACGACUUUAACACAUUCUUAAAAGCCUAAUACUGAAAUAUUAUCAGAUUCCAACGAUAUCUCAUACUUAAAUCCUGUUUUGAAGUCAGUAAAAACGGUAUUAUGAGCCUGAUUUAAUUGAGAAUUAGAAAUAUUUAUUAUAUAUUCAGAAUUUUAAAAAAAAUAUCGUAUUUAGUAAUCUAAUAUCGAUUCAGGAGACGAUUCUAAAAAUCCAUAUUUAUCCUAAAUAAUUUAAUCAUAUCUUCAGACAAAUAAUACUAUUCCGUGUCCUCGUUAAUUACGCUUAUUAUGUUAAUAUCUGUUAAGAAUUAUUCUAGCUAGUGUUAGCUUGUGUAGCGAAUAAUUUGAGACAUAACCCAAACUAGAUUUAAUCUUUGAGUUCAAAAUUUUGUGUAUUGAAAUAUUAACGCAGCAAACUAAUCAUGUGUUUGGUCCAUUACAAUGGACAAAAGAAAUUACAACAGUUUAAUAUUGGGAUACAGAAUCGGAAAAUCGCUUGUAUAAUUGUUAUAGAUUCGUCCUAAUCACAAUCAGUGGCCUGUCGUUAUGUUGAUCAAUAACAGUUUUCUAUAUAAAUUAAAGGAAAAUCUAUGAAUGAGAAUUGUCUCAAAUAAUUUGCAAGCAAUUGUAGUUCAAUUUAUGAAUUAAGAGCUAUAUUCUUCGGAAUGUUUUGGUUGUAAAUAUCGUUUUAUCAAAUCGGCCUUAUGGUGAAAAUAUCUUAUAACAGAUCCACUUAUAACGAUAAAUGUCUACCUAAUAGUGUCGCAAGCGUAUAUGAUCCAGUCUUAAACUGUUCUUUCCUCUACGGCUAUGUCUUCGCUGGUUUCAGAUUAAACUUUCGGAACAGAUACGCUUAAGGCGCUACGCCAGUGUUUUUUCCAUAAGAUCGAUUUUCGUUCGUGUCAUUUCUCUCCCAAAGUAUCAAAAUUUUUAAUUAAGUAAUAUAUUAUCUUUAGUUAUUUUAUUGAAUAGAUUUUAAAUGUGUAUAGAUUUCAA